AUGGCGAAGUUGGAGACUGAUUUGGUUGACGAAAGGGAGAGAAAUCGAGAAUUGGAAAGGAAAAUCGCCGAGACGAAAAGGAAGAACGACGAUCUCGAGGCACAAUUAGAUUCCCAAGUCGCCGAAAUGUCAAGGACCAUCUCCGCGAGAAUGGCUCAAAACACGACGGAUUUAAUGGAGAAAAUCACGAAGUUGGAGGCUGAUUUACGAUUUGAAAGGAUCAAAACAGUCGAAAUCGCGAAGUUGCAGGCAGAUUUAAAUCGACCGAUGACUUUCUCGGAUCUGGAUGGAUGGUCAUAUUUGGCAAAAACCGCUUCUUGGUACAAGGCUUUCGAUCAAGAAAUGACAUUCGAUGAAGCCGAGGCAUAUUCGGAAACUGUUCGUUCGGAUUCUUUGUUCUGGAUCGGACUGAAGGAAAAUCCGAACAAAGGAAAUGCUUUUGAAUGGACGGAUGGAAGUUCGGUGGUUUUCAGGAAUUGGCAUCUUGGACAACCGGAUUCGUACGCCCACGCUUUGCUUGAUAGCUACGAUGGGGAAUGGUGGUCCGCUUCUCUUACCUCUCAGUGGCGUUUUAUCUGCAAAACCAGCUCUCAAUUC